AUGGCUGAAAAGGGAGAACUACAGUUUCCUGAAAGUCUGGCGUGUCCACUGUGUCUCGAAGUCUUCAAGGCCCCCACUCUCCUACAAUGUGGACAUACGUUCUGCAAGGAUUGUCUGGACAAAUACGAUAAAAAGUGGCGGGGUCAAGAUUUCAUGGAGUGUCCGCUUUGUAAGAAACACACCAAGCUGGGGAAAAAUAGAGUCGCAGGACUAUCACCAAAUUUCUCUGUAAAAGGCCUCGAGGAUGAAUUACAUGUACAUCUUAAGAUCAAUGGCAAAUCAUCAGAGUACUGUUCCCUGCACAGUCAAGUCUACAAAGACAUUCUGUGUGAAGUUUGCAAGGAAUUCAUCUGUCUGACUUGUUUGUUUGAUAAACAUCAUGAUCACAGUUUCAAGAAGAAGGAAGAGUUUGUAGCAGAGUUGAACAAGAAUAGAGACUCUCUCUUAAAAGAAAGUAAGGAGAAGAAAGCACAGAUCAAAGAGUCUAUUACCAAUGCUAAACAACAUAUGCGUGAUAUGCAUUCACAUCUGGAUAAUCUCGAUGGGAAAAUAGAGAAUUCCUUUCGUGAAAAAUCAGAGAUUCUUCGGGGACACAGAGAAAGACUAUCAAAAGAAAAUGACGACUUCCGCAAAAACUCCCACAAGUUAAUGACCGAUUUCAUACAACGUCAGGAACAGUCAUUGCAGAGUAUUGAUGUAGAGAGCACUUUCAUGGGACAAAAGAGCAUUGCCAGUACUAGAAAGUUUCCAGACUCUGACGCACUAAAAAUUGUUUACAUAAGAUUCUUAGUUCUGAAAAAAGAAUUAGAUAGAGACUUCAACGAUUUGUUCACAGCGGGUGCGCUACAAGAAGUUGAAGACCGACGGUUUUGCCCAUAUGAGAAUAAUAUUGACCUAGGUACUUUCGACCAGGACGCUAGCGUGGGCGAUGGUGAUGAUGAGGAAGGUUUUCUCGACCAGGACGCUAGCGUGGGCGAUGAUGAUGAUGAGGAAGGUUUUCUCGACCAGGAGGCUAGCGUGGGCGAUGCUGAUGCUGAUGACGAAUGUUCUCUCGACCAGGACGCUAGCGUGGGCGAGGAUGAUCAUGACGAAGGUGAAAACGAGAGUGAGUAA